UGCUUGUGAAGACUCCUCCAACUCUUGAGAAAACAGACCUGUACAUUAACAAAUAACUUCCUUUCUACGCGAGUGGAAAAAGUUGUUUGGAAAGUGCCUUGAUUGAUCUUCUCAUGGUAGUAACUGUGGGCUGAGCAGUGAACUUUUGAAAGUAUAAAAUGCAGCUGGGUAAAUGGAGGCUGCUGGGCAGAACAGCAUAACUUUGAACCAUUGGUGGCUGUCACUUCUGUGUCAGGUUUGUUUUGCCCCCUCUUGAGUAAUCCAGUCUUCUAACCACGCAAGCAGCGUGCUGGCUGUCUCUGGAACCUGGAGGACAGCAGCACACAUCUCCCUGCUAAUGUGGUGAAGAAGCUUACAGGUCUAAAUAGUUCCUCUUCUGAGAGCUCACAGCGACCUGCUGUUGCUGAAGAAAAUGCCUCAAGGCCGGGUGUGCUGGAGGUAUUUUGUGACUACCAGGAGCCAUUCCGUCAGUGUGCUUGGAUGAUGUGAACAACUACAGGAUCCAGUAAGCACUCAAGUUGAUUCUCAGAAGGUGAGUUUCCUGAACUGCCUUCCAGUGUGGAGUGGAAUUGCUGCACAGGUUGGGUGAUCUGCAGCUCGCUUUUUAUUUGCCGCUGCAUCAAUUUCUUGAUGUAACUGCUAAGGGGGAGUGGUAUCAAACAAAGCCUUAGUUUAUUUUACGUUCUACUGCUCAGUCAGCUGCUUCUGUCUCAUUAGGUGAGAAUUUGAAAUUAUCCCUAUGAACAGGUGAAAUACUACGGGCAAAAAUCCAGACAGGUUUUGAAAAUUACAUAAAGCUCUGUUUUUGUAGAGGAAUCAUGAUACUAACUUCUUGAUAGUGCAACUGCAGCUGUCUUGAAUUUUUGACUUGAUUUGUCAGCCCCCCGUUGUUUGCAACCAGCAAACAAAACUGAAUCUGGGGUGGCUCCCAGGUCUGGAAGUAGUGAUGAUGAGUAGUACAUUUUUCUUCUGAGGGACUGAUCACACAUUCAAAAAUGAAAAGCUGGAUGGCUGCUGCCGAUGUCUUUUCCAGUGGGAAGGAAAUAGGUUUUCUCCCUUUCCUGAGCUUUAAACACCUCCCCACACGAAGCGUACACAUACAUAGAACACCAGCAUAUUUGGCUGUAAAGGGCUGCCCAGGAGGAAGCGGUGCGUGUCCUUUGUGAUGCUUUUGCAACUUUUCUCAGGAGCAAGCUGGCUUUUACCCAAUUUGGAAAUGUAAGAUGUAAAUGAGGAAGUCUGGUCCUUGAUUCUUUUUCUGGGUAGUAAAUGACUUGAUUGUGUUGGUGUAUUGAGUUUCCAGCAGAACAGAGAUCUUUAUAGCCCAUGCUGAGCUUUGCUGUACAAGAUGCACAAUGGAAGUCAAAGUGAUGGAAGGUCAAGUCUCUGUUUUACUGGUGUCUAAUAAUGCAUUCAAGGUUUAAAUUUGUCCCUCCCUGUAUUGCACAGAGCAUGAGCCUUUGGUCAAGCCUGUGAGUUUUACACGACAUCGUUGUUGAAAAGCACCCCUCCUAGCCCUGGAAGAGUUUCUUAGAACCAUGGUUUUUGCUGUGCAGCUGGGAGUCCAGAAGUGGUGGUGUACACCUUUUUGUACAUCUCCCCUGGAUUGUUUUCUUAGUACCCAAUGUUAUGGUUCCUCCAAGGAGAACUGUUUGUAUAAUUGAUGCUCCAGGCUCCUUCGACCCCAGCAGUCCCAGGCUUCCCAAGUGACUUCACAAAACAGAUGUUCCUUGGGGCUUGCUAGGGCCACUUACCUGCUUCUAUGCCAAGUAGCAAGAAGCUGUCCUCAUUCAUGUAAUGAAUCCAUUGACUUUAUUCAGUCUCAUGCUGAAGUCACAGAUUGCUGAAAAAUAUUUUCUGUUGAAUCUUGUGACUGACUUGGAGGGGCCAAGAUCAGUUCCUUUAUCUCUGAUUGAGGAGAUACUGAAAACCAUUCAUUUUAUAGCGUCAAAGUCUAUCAAGACAUGCUUUAUGCUUUUGUUUGGACAAAAUUCAGGAAUGUUCAUGGAGAAUUUGAAAGUCAAAACAGAGCCUUUUACUUAUGUAAAAAGUUACUAGAUAAAACAGCUGUCUGCAGCACUCUUGAGAAACGCUUUGGUAGUCAUGGUACCUUGAAAUAGCUUAAUUAUAUACUGAAGUUAACUUUUCCAGUUAAACUUUUGUUAAGAGAGAAAAUCCCAGUUUACUCAUUCUCUCUCAGUGGAGUUUCUGCUUAUUCACAAGAGACCACCAAUGUUGUUUCUCCAAUCCUGCAAUAGGAACACAGUGAUUCAGGCUCAAAUUUCAUGUUGAUCUUUUCUUCUCUUUGUUUGUCAAAUAACAUAUAUAAACACUAAUGUGUAGUGAUAUUUCGCUAAGCCCUCUUUUGGAUUCUAAGCAAUGUCUCUGUCUUUUGCAGCUCUCUGUGGGUUUUUUUUCCUGAAUUUGUGAUAUGUAGAUACAUCUAUACCUAUUUCACUUCAGUGAAAAGAGGUUCUGGUGCAGCGCGUGUGAUGCUAUUUUCCCUCAGUAAUUCUCUAGUGACCUGCUAAGGGAACAAAUGAGAAAACAGUAGAUAUGGGAGAGGCUGUUACUGCCACACUGAUUGUGAUUAGAUCAGAGGGGGAAAAAAAAAUCACAUCUGAACAUUUCAAUUGCACGUUGAAUUUUACCAGUGAUAUUUGCCUUGAUUACCUGGCCAAACUCCUUGCUGUUAAGAUGCUCUUCUUUUGCUCCAAGGUACAAGUUAAGACAGCCAGUGUCUCAUUAAGCAGACAGAGGACGUUCCUCAUUUUAAGAGGGAGUAAGCCAGAUAGAUUUCAUUAAAUAAGGAGCCAAUUGCUUGAAAGGAAGCUGUGUCAAAGCUGGUCUGUAUAUCGCUGUCAGAUAUGCUGGGGAGACAUUUGCUGCGCUGUCUUAAUGGAUUAUGCUCAUACUGCCAGAAAGAGGCUACGUGGUUGCAAUUUAGCAGCAGAUUAAGCUUAUAGCUUAAUUUUUCCUUAGUGCUGCUAUUAGCCAUUUCCUCCACACUUCAACUCAUAAACUGGCCAGCAGCAGGAAGAAGUGUCUGUUGGAGCACCUGGUGUGCCAAGGGCUGUAGCUUCCCAGGGUAUGCUGGCUGGGUUACAGCAAGAAGUCAUUGUGCUUUAGUGUGUUUGGCAUUUUCUUGUGGGAUCCAUAAAGCACGCUAUGUGAACAACUUAGCGAUAAGGGAGGAAAGAGGAACUUUUAGUGUGACUGAUAAAUAAUGACCGGUAAAAACAUGGCAGGCUGGUAUCGUGUGAAUAUAGCCUGUCAACAUAAAUGGAGAGAGAGAUUGAUGUGGGAUGUGUUAGGAAGAGCUUAACUCAUUUUGAAGAAGGUAGAUGUAAAAGUGUAGGGGGAAGAUCAACAGCAAAACGGUGUAGAUCUCUUCAGUAAUUUUUGCGCAAACUACCAGCAUGAUACGUUGCCGAAUCCAGAUGCACGUAUUAAUACAUUUAACUAUCACACAGUGCUUACCCUUCUAUGCUCUAGAAUAAAUACCUGGUUUUCAGCAUAGAUAAUGCAAACUUAAGUAAAAGCAGAUGUAUCCCCAGUUCUUGUGCUGGGAGCACAGAGAAAUGUCAGUGUAAGCCAGUUUGCAUUUGAACGGUAUUCAUUGUGGAUGUGUGAUGAAUACCUGAUGGUGUAACUAUGUAUAUUGAUAGUCAUUCCCAGUAAUUCCUUCCAUGAAUAUUCUAACUAGCUAGAAAAAGGAACUCCCCUACACACCCUUAAUAUUUUAAGCUAAGAUGCCCUGAGAUCCACAAAAGCAGUAUGAAAUAGCUGCACAUCUCUUAGGUGGCAACUUCGUUCUCUUUAGACAAUUCUUGAACCUGACCUUCCAAUUGGCACCAUCGUUCCUGCUUCAGUCCCUGAAAUAUUCCUCCAAAGAUACUUGGCCAUCUCUUUUGAAUCUUGAAUGAAUGUAUGUAUGUGUUUUUGUUAAAUCAAGUAAUCUGUUACAUUUUGGAUGAGUGUUAGCACAUGUGGUAAGGUAACUUUAUUUUGAGCCAAUAAGUGUAUCUGACUUCAUAAUGUUCUAUGAAUAACUACAGCUCUCUGGGCUGUGGAGGAGGAAUUACCUUAAAAAGCAGCAGUCAUUUGCAUGAGGAUGCAGUAGCUGUCCUAGCUGGUUGGCAGCUGUGACUCUGCAACUUAAUUCCAAAUCCAGAGUUCUAAUGUAAGUAACUAGAAACAGUCUUAACUGUUAUAAAUGCCAACCAAGGCCUGGACCUGCUUUUAUAAGUCAACUAAAGCAGAAUUUUGCUUUUUGGAUGUAAAUGAUACCAUUUUUUCCAUCACCUGGAUAUUUUUGAUGGAAAAUUGAGAUGUUACAUCCCUGUUAUUUUAGGUCUAAGUCACACAUAUCACACCCCUAUAUUUCUUCAAUUAUUAAUUUUUUUUUGCCAUAACAUAUUCCAGUAUAUCUGCACUUGCUUUGACCACAUGAAAUGAAACAUGGUGCUGAAGUCCAGUGUGACACGAGAAGUUGUUGUAUAUUUUUUGUGCAUAGAUAAGGAAGUCAAACCUUGAUGAGAUCCCAUAUUAAUGAUUUACAGACAGAAAUACAGAGUUUAAAAGCAAGUAGGAAUAAAUUUAUCCUGUGAGAUCUGCAAACAUGUCUGGAAAGCCAGUUUGUGUUGCUGAUUUUGAAGAUUAUGCUAAAAAAUUUCUCCCCAAAUCAGUGUAUGAUUAUUACCGAUCCGGAGCAGAUGACCAGGAAACAUUAGCAGAUAAUGUAGCAGCGUUUUCAAGAUGGAAGCUGUACCCCCGGGUGCUCCGGGACGUGUCUGUAAUGGACCUGUCAACGUCUGUCUUAGGGCAGAAUAUCAGCAUGCCGGUCUGUGUGGGAGCAACUGCUAUGCAGCGCAUGGCUCACCCUGAUGGAGAAAUGGCAACUGCUAAAGCAUGCCAGGCAAUGGGGACAGGAAUGAUGCUGAGCUCCUGGGCCACCUCCUCCAUUGAAGAAGUUGCUGAAGAAGUUCCUGGUGGCCUUUGCUGGCUGCAGCUUUAUGUGUACAAGGACCGAAAGGUUACCAAAUCCCUAGUGAGGCGUGCAGAGAUAGCAGGUUACAAAGGAAUCUUUGUGACAGUGGACACACCGUUCCUUGGCAGGCGUAUUGAUGAUGUGCGCAACAAGUUCCAGCUUCCUCCCCACCUCAGACUAAAAAAUUUUUCAAGCAACAACUUGGCCUUCUCCUCAGGGAGAGACUUCGGGGAAAACAGCGGCCUGGCGGUCUAUGUAGCUGAGGCAAUUGAUGCAAGUGUCAACUGGGAGGACAUCAAAUGGCUUCGAGGGCUGACAUCACUGCCCAUUGUUGCGAAAGGAAUCCUAAGAGCCGAUGAUGCUAAAGAAGCUGUAAAGCUUGGGGUAGAUGGUAUACUGGUGUCAAAUCAUGGAGCACGACAGCUUGAUGGAGUUCCAGCAACUAUUGAUGUCUUGCCUGAAAUUGUUGAGGCUGUGGAGGGGAAGGUGGAGGUAUUCCUAGAUGGUGGCAUAAGGAAAGGCACUGACAUACUCAAAGCGCUAGCUCUGGGUGCCAAAGCUGUGUUCAUCGGAAGGCCUCUCAUCUGGGGCUUGGUUUAUCAAGGUGAAGAAGGAGCUAAAGAAGUUCUCCAAAUACUGAAGGAAGAGUUUCGACUGGCAAUGGCACUGACAGGAUGCCGGACUGUAAAAGAAAUUGGCAGGACGCUGAUACGAAGACAUGAAGUACUGCUUUCCAAGAUUUAGGUCUGAAGAUGAUCCCCUCUCCGUUUGCCUGUUGCAUAGAAAGUAUGCCAGAUAAAAAGCAACUCUGUUUGCUCUUUGGGCCUCAUCCUGCAAUCCUGACUGAGGAGGAGUCUUCUGUAAGCGGCCGCUUGUUGAAGAAAGUACUUGCCUCAAGUUUUACAGGUGUUUCUAUUCUGCUAGGCUCUUAUGGGAAGAUACUAUACAAGACCAACACAGAAACUUGAAGGUGUUUUGCAGUAAAUGCUGAUACUAACUUACAAACCUGUAAAUAAAUUUAUUGCUGAAAAUGGAACCAUUAAGGAAAAUGUUCUGAUGGCAAACGGCUAUCAAAAUGUAGAAAUUUCAAAUGUAAAAGAUACUUUUCUCACUGAUUAGAGAAACUGCACUGUAGAUCAGAAAUUAAAUCUUGCUUUCUUAUGAAUAUAAUUUCUUCUCUCUAA